AUGAGUCUGGUCAAAAAAAAGUCAAACAUUAGCAAUGUGGUAGUGACUGCCUCGAAACUCACCGGACCAUUAAGGGUGUCGGAGUUGGAAGCAACUCGAACUCUUGCUAUCAAAACAGCUCAGAGCGAGAUGUUCUCCAAAGAAUUGAAAGAUAUGCAAGAAAAUAAUAAAAUAUACAAACAAUUACAAUCACUAAAUGCAUUCAUUGAUACCAUCGGAAUUAUGAGAGUCGGUGAUCGACUUCAAAACUCACUGCUACCUUAUGAGGCGCAGCAUCCAAUUUUGUUGAAUAAUAGUCACCAUUUCACAAGACUUGUGGCAAAAGACGCUCACAAAAAUACCUUGCAUGGUGGAAUCCAACAAAUGAUAGCGUACAUACGUCAACGAUUUUGGAUUGGCCAAAUUCGAAGAAGUGUGAAGUACCAACUACAUCAUUGCACGACUUGUUAUCGGCAAAAGGCUGAAGAGAUGCAGCAAUUGAUGGGAAAUUUACCAGCUGCAAGAGUUCGUAUGGCCAGACCAUUUUGUCACACGGGCGUUGACUACGCAGGACCCAUCGAAAUCAAAGCCUGGAAGGCACGCGGCAGUAAAAUCCUGAGAGUAUAUUUCGCUGUCUUCAUAUGCCUGACAACAAAAGCUAUACAUUUAGAAGUCGUUUCGGACUUGACGACACAAACAUUUUUGGCAGCAUUUAGAAGAUUUACUGCCAGACGAGGAAUUUGCAAACAAAUUUAUAGUGAUUGUGGUACGAACUUUGUUGGAGCAAAUACUGAACUAAACAAAAUGUUAAAAGAUGCACAACAUGAUUUUAAGGAAAUCGCGGAAAACCUUGCAAAUCAAGGUACGGAAUGGCAUUUUAUUCCUCCCGCUUCUCCUCACUUCGGUUGA